CUGAAUAUGACAUUUUCAUUUCCUAUUAUUGUUGAAUUGAUGCUCUUCCUUGCUGCGGCAGUUGGUUUGAAUAACAAAUUUGGGGAAAUUUGGGGUUCUUUAUGGAUUCUGUGAGUUUAUGUCGUAGACUAAUCUGUUUUACUUUGUGAAAAGAUAGAAAAGUCAAGCAUUAGGACAAAUGAAUUACUUGUCUGUCAGUCUUGAUUAGUGCAGAAUUUGAAAGUCUAGUAUAUAUCUAGUGACCCAGAUUACUUGCCGCAUUCUUGUGCGUGCUGUUCUGUCGGCAGUGUAGAGUUUAAAACCAGCUGACUCAGCUUUAUAUAGUAGUGGCGUUGUAAAAAUGGAAAAUUCAUUAAGGUUGAUUUUUCUCACUGGCACCUGCUGAACCCAUGGAACUACACCGUUGGCCUUCACCGCUGUUCCAAUGCCUUGUCCCUCAUGGGAUUGACCCUAAAACUCAGUACUGACACACAUACAUGUGGUCUCACUGAGCAUUUUUCCUCUUGUGGAUGUAAUUAUGGUGCAGGAAGAACUGCUAGACACGAGUCACAGCAUGUCCAUUUACACCUCUUAGUUAUUUCCACCUUUCACUUACAGAGCUCUGGGCCUUUGUUGCCUGAUCUGUUCCUUUCCCCUAAGACACCUAUUGAUGCCUUUGGAAAGGAGAAGAGCCUGGAGAGCACAUUUAACUGCUCCUGUGUCUGGCAGGAGGGUCGGGUCUUUCUAAUUCUUCUGAAAAGCAUGCCUAUAAAGUCACAGUGUUAAGUUUAGCUGCUUAAUCGAGUAAUGAGAUUCUAUAAAUGAGCUAGCCGUAUAGACGUUUCUUUGUGCUAAGGUCAGAACGCGCAAGGUUACUCUUCCUUGCAGUUUUCUAUCUUGCACUACUUUAUAAUAACUAACUGAGGGAGAAUCGUACAAGCUGCUGGAAGUCCACCAAUAAAAAAAAUAAGACGGCAACAGUGGCAGAAACGGAAGCAGUGAUGAGAGGAAAUGUGCUUCGCUUAAAGUGACUUGGCAUUUCCUGGUUGCUUAACAGAAGCAGAGAGACAAGACAGAAACACAAAGAGAGUCAGAGGGAGUGAGAGAGAGAGUGAAGGAGUGUGAGUUUGUAUGAGGUAGAACAGAAGUAUGUGCCGGAAGACAUGAGUGAGUGUAAAUGUUCCUGAGAGUUGUAGCCGUGGUGCCUCUGAAGAGACUGGGGUUCCAGUGCCCCCCUUCAUCUUCCCUCAACUGCCAUGAGACAUGGACUGGUACCCAACAGAACACCAACUGAAAGAUGUUAGCUACCUGCAGCAGUGUCUGGAAGCUUUUGUGGCGUCCUUCGAGAAGAUCAUCGAUGUACAGUCCCUGGAGCCACGCCGUCUGGAGGAGUGGAAUGCUGAGGUGCCUGUCGUGCCGCGGGAUUUUCUCGUGUUCCUGGGAACCCAGCUGUGGCACAGCGUCCUGCACCUGUCCGGUCAGGAGCAGAACAACAGCACGCCUCACCCACUGCUCCUCAUCAAGUUCUUCAUCAUCACUUGCAGGAACAUGGAGAAUAUUGACUCUGACAAGACCCCCGGCUUUGUGCUUGAGACCAUCAAGCUGUUAAACUACUGUCUGAAUCAGAUAAAGAAGAAGCCCGAGGAGCAAAGCACUCUGCAGUCAGUGGCACAGCACUGCCUACUGCUCUGUGAAAACCUCUUUGACCCUUAUCAGACAUGGAGGAGACGGCAAGCAGGUGAGGAGGUCAGCAUGCUGGAAAGGAGCAAAUAUAAAUUCUCACCUCUCACCCUUCCAGAGGAGCUACCUGCAUUCUUUCAUGACUGCCUGCAGGAGAGCGAGCGAAUUCCCGAUCCUCUGCUGCUGCGGCUGGUGCAUCUACAGGGCGCCGUCACCAGCGGGUGCAAGAAGAAUGGCCUGCUCUCCAUCACACCCCAUGCCGUGGAGGAUCUCAUGUCUGUGCUGCGCUCCUGGUGCCUCCGUCCUGCCCAAGAUGAGCCCAAGGACCCACAAGUGUUAUGCCUCACACUGCGCUGCCUGACUGCCAUGAUCCACCUGCUGCACUGCAGCAGCCCCGCCGAAAGGCAGGUGGAGAUUAAGACCGUCCUCAACAACUAUUUCCAGCUGCUCAACUGGAACAGACCGCCAGUGAGCGAGCAGGGAGACGGCCUAGCCUGGGAGGAGAGCAUCAUCACCCUGCAAACGCACAUGCUCAAUGCCAUCCCAGAGAUCCUGCAGUGUCCCGACCGACCCGUGCUGCAGGCCAUUUUUCUGAACAAUAACUGCUUCGAGCACAUACUCCGGCUCAUCCAGAACAGCAAGCUCUAUCAAAGCAGCAGGGGUAGAACAGAGUAUGAGGCUCAGUGUGACCUCACCAUGCGUUUGCUCACAGAAGCUGAAGUGGAGCAGGUCUGGGAAAAAGGUUCUGACUGCAUUACCGUACAUGCCAUUGGAGUCCUUACUGCCAUCAUGAGCAGCUCGCCAUCUGCCAAGGAGGUGUUUAAGGAGCGCAUAGGAUACUCUCAGCUCUUUGAUGUUUUAAAAAGUCAAGGUCAGCCGACCAAAAGGCUCCUCCAGGAGCUCAUGAACAUGGCAGUAGAAGGAGAGCACUACCAGGCUGUCCCGCUGGGAAUCAGUAACGAGCAGCCCCUGCUCCUGCUUCUGCAGUGGCUUCCCGAGCUAGGUUCUCGCUCUCUGCAGCUGCUGGUGUGCGAAUGGCUGUUGGCCGUGUGUCGUGGUUCUCUGGCGUGCCGCUCUGUGGCCGUGGAAGCCGGCUUGGUGGACGCUGUGCUGGAUGUGCUGAACCAGGGUCCCGAGCGACUUGAGCGCCAGUGUGCAGACUCUCUGUUGGGCCUGGUGCAGGAGCUCGGCUCACUCUCACUGCGCCCUCAUCACCUGAAGAGCCUCCUGAGACUGUUUCGUACAAACCCGGGCUCACCACCUCAUCCCUACUGCACUCGUACCGUACGGGCACUCGCUGCAAUGGCUGCCCACGCCCACACAGGCACCAGUGCUCUGCAGUACUUUGACCUCACCCCGCCCAUGGCUGGCAUCAUGGUCCCCGCUAUCCACCGCUGGCCGGGUAACGGCUUUGCCUUUCACGCCUGGUUAUGCCUCAACACCAACUUCCCUCCUCCAGUGCAGCAGCACCACUCUGAGUCGCACGUCACCGUCCCUGAUAAUACACUCCGCAUGACCAAGGGCCCUCGCCGCAAACAGCUCUACAGCUUCUUCACGGCAAGUGGGACAGGGUUCGAGGCUUUCUUCACCAUGGAGGGAGUGCUGGUGGUGGCUGUGUGCACCAAGAAGGAGUACAUGGCUAUUUCACUGCCUGAGAUGCCCCUCAACGAUGGUGCCUGGCACUCUUUAGCUAUAGUCCACAUCUCCGGUCGAAGGCCGUUUGGACAAAAUCUGGUCACUAUCUAUGUGGAUGGAAGCUCAUGUAAGACAGCACAGCUGCGCUUCCCUACUCUCAGUGAGCCUUUUACGUCCUGCUGUAUUGGUUCAGCGGGUCACCGCACCACCACUACCACCACCUCCCCGACUCUGCCUCCCCCGGUACACUCAUCUGAGCUGGCGUUCCCUGUGUCCACUGGCCCUCCGGCUCUCACCCGCUCUCAGUCUUUCCCAGCCUCGUUUGCUGCAGGAGGGGGAGGACGCUGGGGUUUGGGCAGAGAUGUCCCUGUCUACACCAUUCCCGCAGGACUACAGGACACAGAGUGGGGCUCACCGUCAUCGCUGGAUGGCCUGCUGGCCACCGCCUUCAUCUGCCACGAAGCACUGCAGCCAGCACAGAUACGCACACUCUAUAUGGCUGGUCCCAAUAGUGUGUCCCUGUAUAAAGCAGAUGGAGAACUGUCAGAGCUCUGCAGUAAACUCCUGUUGUACUACACACCUCAGGCCUUUAAAAACCAGAUCUGUCUGGAUCUAUCCCCCAACCAUAUGUAUGACGGCAGACUAACCGGACACAGGGUUGUCAACUGGGACGUAAAGGACGUGCUGAACUGUGUGGGUGGAAUGGGGGCUCUGCUGCCCCUGCUAGAGCAGGUGUGUGUGCUGGAGCAAGGUGAGACUGCUGGGCAGGAGACCUCUGACCUGCUGGGACCAGAUCUGACCUCCUCCAGGGGUCCUGCAGGCAUGCUGCUCCCCCUGGGAAAAUCCUGUGAGGGCCGUUUAGAAAGGAACAGUGUGGCCGCAUUCCUCCUUAUGGUUAGGAACAUGCUGCGCAAUCACCCGGUCAAUCAAGAGAGUCUCCUCCAGUGCCAUGGACCGCCCAUCAUUGGAGCCAUGCUCAGCAAGGUGCCCAGCACUAUGAUGGAUAUGAGUGUGUUGAUGGCAUGCCAGCUGCUGCUGGAGCAGGUCUCCAGUGAUGGCAACAGCACUCUGCUGUCUCUGCUCUACCAGCACCUCCUGUUUGAUUUCCGCAUCUGGAGCCACUGUCACUUUGCCGUCUGCCUCGGUCACGUGCAGUAUCUGUCCUCUGUCUUGAAGGAGGGCAAGCAGAGAACACGCAGAAAGUAUGGGGUUCAGUACAUCCUGGACUCCAUUCGCUCACACUACAGUGUGGAGAAGGAUGGCAGUGCUCUGUCAGAUGAGAGGAAGACAGUGCAGACAUCGCUCUUUGAUCUACUGAAAGAUUUCCUGUUGAAGUCUCCCACGACGAGGGAGCUGCACAGUAUUCUAGCUUACACUGCAGUAGUACAGGACCAGCAGCAGGCGAUCAUGCUGUUGGAUGUUUUGUACACUGUGCUGAGGAGCAGUCCUCAGGCUCUGUCUGUGCUACUGGAUUGGGGGGUGGAGCAGCUCUACUGUCUGCUGCUGAAGCCCAGCUUUAGUGAUGACGCACGUGAAAGAGUGUUCAGGAUCAUGUACAAAGUGCUGAAGAGCGAGCGAGUACCAGAGCGCAACAAACAGCGGGUUAAGCUGCGAGAGCCCACCUACCUUGGCCUGGUCUGCUUUCUGGAGGAGGUCCCAGUCACAAUGACGAUCAUCCGCUGCCUGUACGAGCAGGUGCUGGCUACAGAUCCCUCGCCCAGCUUCAGAGAUCUUUUGGCAGUUGUGUACCUGUCCCAUCGGGCUGAUCUCACUGUCCGACUGGAUAUAUGUCGCAAGCUUUUCUACCUGAUCUACUCCAAUGAGGACUACAUUAAGCAGCUUGCCCGGCAGCCUGGCUGGCAGGACAUUCUCACUAAACUCUACGUCAAGGAGUCCUAUGAGUCUCGCACUGCCAGCAUAUCCAGCCCUCACCCCUCACUGGAGCCUAUUCCCUCCAGGCCCCUGCUCCGAAGGGAUGACAGCAUGGUGGACGGCCCUCGCUCUGACCUCUUCAUCCCCUACAGCUCCCACCGUGAGGAAGCAGAGGAGGACGAGGAUGAUGAAGAGGAAGAAGCAUCUCAGGAUAUUACAGAGAGUUUUAUGGAAUUGUCUCAGUCUCCAUCUGCAGGAGGUCAGCUGAAGAGCUUCAGUGACUCAAUGAACUUCAAGUCUUUCGACUCGGUGGAACAGGGCAGCCGCUCGUCAUCCCUGUCCAACACAGUUGACGUGCCAUCCACGUCACAGCUGUUAGAAGAAGAGGAUGAGGGUCUCUAUCAGCCGAUCUCACCCUUCGGUACAUCGCCGCUGGAGCUGGAUCUGGGAGGGCAGAGAGGAUCGCAGACUCCAGACACACCGUCUCCUCUAGAACAUAACAAGCCUUUUCUUGGCCUCAGAGCGCGCAAGAGUUCCAGCUUGUCAAAUGUUCUGGAUGACACCAGCUACUGUACUGAGCCUCCAACUGCCGACACCAUCUCCAACAACUCCAACCCACAGCAGGCCCCAGAGGAGGAGUUGUGCAACUUGCUGACUAACAUUGUGUUCCGAGUGCUGUGGACUGGCACAGAAGGCACGGAGGAUGCAAUGUGGAGAGAGCGAGGGCAGGUUUUCUCUGCCCUCACCAAACUGGGCUCUUCCUGGCAGCUUGUGCGCCCCCCGGAUGAUAUCAAGCGCAAUCUUUUGGAGAUGAUGCUGGAGUCGUCUCUUUCAGACCUGCGGGACUCUCAGGGCGUCUCUUUGCCUCACAUUCCCUCAUUGCUUCGCCUCCUCAGACUGCUACAGGAUUUCCUGUUCGCAGAGGGCACUGACAAUCAAACACUGUGGAGCGAAAAGAUCUUUGAAGGAGUGGUGAAUCUGCUCGACAGGCUGCAGGCGUGGCACACCACUUCUGCAACAGCCGGAGCUACAGAGCUCAAACGGAUGGCUCAGAUUGGCUUGUGGAUUAUUACUGGAUACGUACAGCAGCAGAACUCGCAGGUUUGUGAGAUGGCGUGUGUGAAGCUGCACAGUUUGCUGCAGACUGUGUUGUGUCUCUCAUGGGAGGAGGUGUGUUUCUUGUUGGGCCGUCUGGGAGCCACUCUGUGGCCUGCAGAAGGCAUGUCUAUGACGGUUGGUACAGCGGGCAUAGAGGCGGUGUUGAGGCCCCUGGUGCCGGUGGUACGCACACUCCUGGACCAGCAUGCCGACCCUACCAAGCUGCAGCAGCUUCUGCCCAGCCUGCCCCCCACCAACGGCAGCGCCACCUUUGCCCAGGACCUGCUGUCCUACUGCAAAACAGCUGAGUGGCAGCUCUUCUACUGCAGCCAUGUGAGACCCACCAUGCAGCAGUACGAGCUGGACACUUUUGGGAAAAGUCAUGACUUACUGUCCAACUUUUGGAACUCGUGUUUCGAUGACCUGAUGAGCAUGGCCGAAAAGAAGGCCAAGGACAAAGCAGAUUUCAAAGCCAAGUUUCAGGAGUUGAUUGUAGACCCGUACCUGAAGCGUGUACGCAUUGAGAACAGUCGCUAUUUGAGUGCACAGAAGCUAAAUAACAGCCAGCAGGGGGUGGUGUGGAAGCACUGGAAAUCCCUGCGCAGACUGCUCACCAGUGAGAGAGGAGCCUGGGCAAACAGGGAUCAGCCAGAAGUGAAAUGGAAGCUGUCUAAUGCAGAGACUUAUUCCAAGAUGCGUUUGAAACUCGUGCCCAACUACAACUUCGACUCCCACAGCGAGGCCAGUGCACUUCGGGAUAACAUGGGAGCUGAGAGCCCUCGCAGUUCCACCGAGCCCCUCCCGUUGGCUGUAGCUAAGGAAGCUAAAGUGAGUGACAUGGAGGACGAUCAACUGGAGGAAGAAUACCUUCUCUUCAUCGACAGCCAGGCGGAGGAGGUGGAGGAGGAGAGCCAAAAGGAGAAGCUGGUACUCUCUGAGGACUGUGAGCUCAUCACUAUAGUGGCUGUGGUAACGGGUCGCCUGGAGGUUACUACACACCACAUCUACUUCUAUGAUGCCAGCAGUGAGAAGGAGGAGACAGAGGAAGGGAUAGGCUUUGAUUUCAAGCGGCCACUGAGUCAGCUGAGAGAGGUCCACCUGAGACGCUAUAACCUGCGCCGCUCGGCCCUCGAGCUUUUCUUUAUCGACCAGGCUCACUACUUCAUCAACUUCAGGAAGAAGGUGCGGAACAAAGUCUACUCCAGGAUUCUCGGUCUUCGGCCGCCUAAUCUGUUUUACUUCGGUUCCCGCUCUCCUCAGGAACUCCUCAAAGCCUCCAAUCUCACUCAGAAAUGGGUGUGCAGAGAGAUUUCAAACUUUGAGUAUCUCAUGCAGCUCAACACCAUUGCUGGUCGCACCUACAACGAUCUGUCGCAGUACCCUGUGUUCCCAUGGGUGCUAUGUGACUACACAUCUAGCGUACUGGAUUUAGAAGACCCAGCUGUCUUCAGAGAUCUGUCUAAGCCCAUCGGAGUGGUGAACCCUCGCCAUGCCCAAGAUGUCCGAGAGAAGUAUGAGAGCUUUGAAGACCCCACAGGCACUGUUGAUAAGUUCCACUACGGCACACACUACUCCAACGCAGCAGGCGUCAUGCACUACAUGAUCCGCAUGGAGCCUUUCACCAGGCUGCACAUCCAGCUGCAGAGCGGCAAGUUUGACUGCGCAGACAGACAGUUCCACUCAGUAGCAGCAGCAUGGCAGGCUCGUAUGGAGAGCCCAGCUGAUGUGAAAGAGCUCAUCCCUGAGUUCUUCUACUUCCCAGAAUUCCUGCAGAACAUGAAUGGGUUCAAUUUGGGCUGUCUUCAGGUAAAUCAGGAACAAGUGAAUGAUGUGGUACUGCCACGCUGGGCCUCUUCCAGAGAAGAUUUCAUCAGAAAACACCGCCAGGCCCUGGAGAGUGAGCAUGUCUCUGCCCACCUGCAUGAGUGGAUUGAUCUGAUAUUUGGCUAUAAACAGCGUGGGCCCGCAGCUGUGGAUGCACUCAAUGUGUUCUACUACUGCACGUAUGAAGGUGCUGUGGAUCUGGAUGCCAUAGCCAAUGAGACAGAACGCAAGGCUCUGGAAGGCAUCAUCAGUAACUUUGGGCAAACACCUUGUCAGCUUCUCAAGGAGCCCCAUCCUCCCCGUAUGUUAGCGCAGAGCGCGUCCAGACGUCAGGCACGUAUCGACACUCUGCCUCCCAACCUCUUCGAGCAUCUGGACAAACUGAGACCAUUCGUCGAGGUGGUGAAUGAUGGUGUGCCUCUAGUGCAGGCUAUGGUGCCCAGGAAUCAGACCCGCUCCUUCAUCAUCCCGGGGUCUGAUGUGCUGGUGACUGUGAGUGCUAAAGGACAGAUAGGAACACACAGCUGGCUGCCCUACGACAAGAACAUCGCCAAUUAUUUUACUUUUACUAAGGACCCCACUAUGAGCAAUCCGAAAACGCAGCGGUUCCUGAGUGGCCCCUUCUCCCCAGGGGUGGACAUCGGGGCCCAGGUGCUGGUGGUGUCCAAUGACGCCCGCCUGCUGUUCAGCGGAGGACACUGGGACUGUAGCCUUCGCGUCACCACGCUGGCAAAGGCCAAACUGGUGGGCAGGAUCUGCCGUCACAUAGACGUGGUGACGUGUCUGGCUUUGGACCUGUGUGGUAUCUACCUCAUCUCAGGCUCUCGUGACACCACCUGCAUGGUGUGGCAGGUUCUCCAGCAGGGUGGUUUCUCCAGUGGUCUGUCUCCACGACCAGUGCAGGUGCUGUGUGGUCAUGACACAGAGGUCACCUGUGUCUCCAUUAGCACUGAGCUGGACAUGGCUGUCUCAGGAUCAAAAGACGGAACGGUGAUCGUGCACAGCGUCCGGCGAGGCCAGUACCUACGCACACUGCGUCCUCCCUGUGAGAGCUGCGUUUCUGUCCGGGUUAACCAGCUGCAGGUGGGAAUGGAGGGUCACAUGGUGGCACACACCAUCCUGGAGGGCUGCUCUGCUGGGAAGGAGAAGUGUGCACUGCAUGUGUACUCUGUGAACGGCACACUGCUGGCAUCCAUGGUGCUGGAGGAGCCAGUGUCAGCGCUCUAUUUGGUUUCUGACUACCUCAUACUGGGCACACUACAGGGCAACCUGCACAUUAAAGACCUGUUCAGCUUAGGGCAGGCUGCUAAGCCCUUGGCGCUGAAGCUCCCUAUUCGCAGUGUAUCAGUCACCAAGGAGAGCAGUCACAUUCUAGUGGGACUGGAAGACGGCAAACUCAUCGUCGUGGGAGCUGGGAAACCAGAGGAGGUGCGCUCAGGUCAGUUCUCUCGGCGUCUGUGGGGAUCUACGCGCAGAAUCUCGCAGGUCUCUGCAGGAGAGACUGAGUACAACCCUACUGAGCAUGCUGGGAAAUGAUCAUCAUACACACUCCACAUGCCUUCAAUAGGCCUUUUCACACACACACACCUGAGAUGUUGACCCUGAACACGGGUCAACAUAUUUGGGGCUGCUGCUCUGGUUUUGUGGAAUAAAGCAGAGUCGUCCAAAGCUGCACUUUUUAAAAAAAAAAAAAAAAAAAGGGAAAGGAACAUUUCUAUUUUAUUGUUUUGAACUGUUUUUAGCAGAAAUCAUUCCAAAGAUUGAGAAUCAGAGAGAGGCUUUUACUCACAUGAACUGGGAUGUGAGAGUGGAUUCAAUCUCAGAGCCAGGAAUUCUGGAAUAACAGGAUAAAGUCCUGACACACACCAUCUACUCUGGGCAGGAAGCUGAGGGCACACACACCUCUCUCGAGCUGCUGGACAUGGCUGGAGUGUGUGGUUAUCUGUGCCGCUCGCUCCUGCUCUGCAGUACUGCAACUGUGCAAAACUUGAAUUCAAAACUGCAGGCACACUGAUAUACCAACAUUCUGAUAUACUUUUACCAGUGUGUGUAGGAGAUAGAGAGAGAGGAAGAGAAAGAGAGAGCAUUCGUUUAUGUAUUUGAGUGAGUGUGUGUGUGAAUAUCCCGUGGUUACACACUGUUGCUUAAAGCAAUAAUCAAUGCACAGGUUAUGUUUAGUCCACGUUUAAAGUUCACGUUUGCUUGAUCUUAUGCAGAUUUGUAAAAUCUGUGCCUUAAAAUUUCUGUCUGCUGUUUAUAUUGUACUACACUGUUACACAAUUCUAUAUUUGUAACUGCGUUUUUGUGUUCCACUCAUGGUGGUUGCUUGUGAUGUUUUUUAGAGGGCUUGUGCACUGGUUCCAGGUUUUUUCCACUUGUCCUAUCGUAUAAGAAGUGCCUUUCUGAAUCCUGUGUUAAAACACAUUGCUUUGGAAGUGUAUAAUUUCUUUACUUCUCAUCAGUCAGGUAUUCUAGCCCUCUCCUUAUCUUUUCUCUUUGUUCCUGCCCUCAUCUCUCUUAAGCUGUCUCUCUUAAGUGCCUUGACAACUAAAAUCAUUAAUGAGUCUUAGCCAUAUGUGAAACUGCUUUUACACUGGUCAUAUGGAUGUAAGGCUUGGCGUUAGGCAGAAUGCCAACCAUUUUGAGUUGUCCUCACUGGUAUGUUUUUCUUUUUUGGUAAAACACUGAAUCCUUUGAAGAGAGUUGGGUGUCUGUGGAACACAUGGGAAUGCAGCCACGCUGAGUUCGGGCUGCAGUAUCGGCCCCCCUCGGCCCUGUGGAUUGCUGUACAGCACACAGCCUCUUUACCACCCAGCUUUCCCUGCUGGCUUUUUCUACUGCAGUACAGGUCAAACACUGGCAAACGGUAAAUGCUUGAUGCCUUUUAAAUGCUGAUGAAUGCUGUUUUGUUUGAUUGUACGCCCCUCACCCCUCCAACACACAUGCACGCACUUUUCUUAUCCUAGCAUACUACAAUUUGCUCAUCAAACUGAAGCCAUGUCCUCUAGUUUGUGUUUCAAGUCUCAUUUGUAGUGAACACUGCUGUGCAGACUGAAUGAGUCUUUUCAUGUUCGCACCACUGCCUGUCUUCUAUUCAUGCCCUGCACUCCAAGUAAACACGGUGGGAAUAAUCGAUGUGAGUAGAUGCCCUGCGGUGGGCUCUGGCACGCACACUGUUGGGAGAUUUGUCUUCACACAAAUUCAUAUUGCUGCGUUGUCUGGUAUCCGGCUGGUGCUUAUUAACCGCCACACAUCUUGCAGUCUGUCUCUCUGAAUUUGUUCUUUUUCCAGUAUGUGUAUGAGUGGGAGUGUAUGGACUUGAAAUACAUCAUGUUUCUCUCAACUGUCCUGUUGCCUCAUUUUGUAACUACCUUGGAUAUCAGACGUCUGAGGAGGAUCCCAGUGAUCUUUUUUUUUUUUUUUUUUAGACAAUGAUACACAGUAAAACAAGGAAUAACUCCUGGGGUUAGAGUUGGGGUUUGUUAUGGUUCGUACUGCUCCUGGACUUUUCAAUACCCUAAUUUCCAAUACAUUCAUUUCAAUUAGUUCAUGGGUGAAGUGAGAAUACACCCUGGAUGGGAUGCAGUGCAAUCCUUCUACUGACAUGUUUGGAGUUGUCUGGAAGUUUUUUUUUAUGUGAUAAAAUGAUUAUUAACAUACAACACAAUAGCAGUUGUAGAAGGUUUGCUUGUUUGUGUACCAGACAAAGGCAACUGGUACAAGAGCAUUGUAUAUAAGCAUGGGAGAUGACUUUAGUAUUAUGAGCUUCUAUCUCUUAUUCAUUCUUAGAUCACAAAAUGCAAUUCAGCAACACUUAAGUAUAAUAAGAAGCAAUUCAGCAAAUAAGUCUACAUAAGCAGCUUAGGAGAUUUUUUUUAUUUAGUGUUCUCACAUUCUUACCUCAUAUUAAUGUUGUUCUGUGUUUUCCCUUAAUAAUUACUGUUAUUCUGUAAAUGCAAAGCCUAAAUAGUGGUUAGUAAAAUCAAUAAUUAGGAUCUAA